ACUUAUACCUGAGUUUAAAUUGUAGUGUUUAAUUUAAAAAUUUGGGUAAAUAAAGUCCUGGGGAAUGAGCUCUCGGGGCAAAUUUAGCUGAUAUAUAAUAACUAAACAGGUUUUAGAUGAUUUUAGGCUUAAAAGUGGCUUAAAGUAAUAAUUUUUUUGUAAUUUACAUCUCAGUAGUCAGCAUUUUUUAGUUUUUAUCUAUUUACCAGGAUACUUAAACUAACUUUCGAAUUAAGGCAAAGAUGCUGAAAUUAGUAGAUAUUAAUGUUUGUUGAUUUUUAUUUUUGGGGUAAGUUAAAAUUUAAAGUUAGUUUAAAUAUUUUAAAUGAAAUCGGCAAAUUGUUUUCCGCAUGUUUAUAAAAAAAUUCUCCCCUUGUCAUCGUAGGGGGUAUCGCUUGCUCAAUGCAUUAGUAAAUAGCCGCAGCAUUCUGACUGUGCUAAGGUAGCAUAAUCAUUAGUCUCUUAAUUAGAGGCUGGUUUGAAUGGUGAAACGAGAAAAAAGCUGUCUAUAAAAUAUUUGUCGUAUUUGUUUUUUAAGUGAAAAAGCUUAAAUGUGUUUGGGGGACGAUCAGACCCUUUGGAGCUUUAUCUCAUCAAAAGUUUAGGAUAUUUUUAUAACAAAAAUUGUAAUAAAAUUUUGUUGGGGCGACAGAAAGUUAAAAAAUACCACUUUCUUUUAAAAAAACAUGAAUAUAUGGAAGAUUGACCCCUAAGGAGGGAUUAAAAGACUAAGUUACCCUAGGGAUAACAGCGUAAUCUUUUUUGAGAGUUCUUAUCGAUAAAAAGGUUUGCGACCUCGAUGUUGGAUUAAGAAAUUAGCAAGGUGCAGAAGUUUUGUUGGAAAGUCUGUCCAACUUUUGAUUUCUUACAUGAUCUGAGUUCAGACCGGCGUAAGCCAGGUUGGUUUCUAUCCUCAAAUUUUGUGGUCUAGUUUUAGUACGAAAGAAUUAAGAUGGGGGGAAAUUUCUUAAAAAAAAGAAACAAAAUAAACUUUAAAAAAUAAUGUCAGUCUGACAAACAAUGUAUUAGACUUAGGAUCUACUUAUGUAGAUGAUAGCCCUACUGCUGAUUAAAAUGAUUCAGGUGACUCUUUUCUUAGUUGUUGUGGUGUGUGUGCUCGUAGGGGUAGCGUUUUUCAAUUUAUUUGAGCUUAAGUUACAAGGGUAUAUUCAGUUGCGUAAAAGACUUAAUAAGGUAGGUAUCGGGGGGAUUCUUCAGCCUUUUUCUGACACAAUUAAGUUAUUUUCAAAGGAGUAUAUCUCUCCCUCCACCUCUAACUAUUCGGCUUUUUUAAUUGCCCCUUGUUUUAGUUUAGGGUUGUCACUUCUUAUAUGGCUAAGAAUCCCCUUUUUUAAUUUACUUUCUUUUAAUAAGAGUUUCCUUUUUUUCUUGUGUGGGUUAGGUGUCGGUGUUUAUGGACUUCUGGCUGCAGGUUGAAGAUCUAAUUCUAAGUACUCACUUAUUGGUUGUUUGCCAGGGGUAGAACAAACGGUUUCUUAUGAGGUAAGAUUAGUUUUAAUUGUAUUUACUCCUCUAGUAGUGACUUUGUGUUACGAGUUAGGCAGCUUCUCUUCUUUUCAAGAAAAUUUUUGGUUUAUUUUUAUUUUUCCUGUGGCAGGAUUAAUUUGGCUUAUUUCUUGUCUGGCUGAAACUAAUCGUACUCCAUUUGAUUUCGCCGAGGGGGAGUCUGAGCUUGUAUCGGGUUAUAAAACGGAGUAUAGAAGUGGGGGGUUCACUUUGGUCAUACUAGCGGAGUACACUAGGAUCCUAUUCAUAUCUUUCUUGUUUAGUGUUUUUUUUUGGGGGGGGGGGAGGGGACUCUUCCUUUUUUGUAUUAGUCUCUUUUAGAGUAAUAGCCUUUAUUUUUGUUUGAGUUCGAGUGACUCUUCCUCGAUUGCGUACGAUAAAUUGAUAUACCUAGCUUGAAAGUUUUUCUUGCCUUUCUCCAUUUCGUAUCUAGUGUUAAUAGCUGGGUUAUUAAGUAUACUGUUCU